GUAUCUAAUACACAAAAUCUCAAAGUCAAGAAAUCCGGCUCGGUCCCAAUCCGACAGUCUUCAAUCCAGCCUCUCAAAAACAAAGGAAGAAAAUCCUUCUCUCUCCGCGCAAAUAUUUCACAUAAAUCAAUUCCAAACCUCACAAAUUUCUGGAUUUCGUCUCUGUUUUUUGCCUCAGAAAUGGUCGGCCAUGGCAAUCACAGGUUGAAAUUCUUCCAUCACCGAUCUUCUUCAACCUCCAAACCCGACCGCCCCGUUCACUACCCUCCAGAGUACCUCUGUGGAAUUUCCAGGUCAUUAAUGGCGGACCCAGUCGUCGUCUCCUCCGGCCAGACCUACGAGCGCCUCUCCGUUCGCGUUUGUCAAGAUUUCGGAUUUUCCCCGACGGAUGACGACGGCUCAACGGCGGAUUUCUCCUCUGUUAUCACCAACAGAAACAUGAAACUCACGAUUCUUAAAUGGUGCGAUAACAACGGAAUCGAACACCCACAGCCGCCGGAUUACACCUCGAUUGAGUUAAUCGUUCGUCAGUUAAUGGAGAAGCAAAGGCAAAAUAAUCGAUUCCUGUCUUCUGAUACCGAGUUGUUAAGAGUCGUCGCCGAUAAACGCCCGGGAGUUGCGGUUCAUGCGGCGACGGAGGUUGGCCUCCGAGUCAAUCGAUUUCAACUGAACUCGCCGCCGCAGACGGAGGAGAUCGUAUGUGAAAGUACUAUUUUGCCCUUCAAAACGCAACCUUCUUGUUAUGCUCCUCCGCCGCAGACGGAGGAGAUCGUACAUGAAAGCUUUGACAGAGAAGGGAAUUCAGAGGAGGAAUCUCGAAUCAUCUCGAAAUUCAGAAGCGAUAAGGAAUUCGAGCAACAAGAAGGAGUAAUUUCCCUAAGAAAUUUAACGAAAUCGGACGAAUCGAUUAGGGCUUCGUUAUGCACGAAGGAAUUACUCGCUGCACUACUUCCUCUGGUUUCAUCUCGAUCUAUGAACAUCCAAAUCAACGCCGUAGCUUCCGUCGUGAAUCUCUCAAUCGAGAAAUCGAACAAAAUGAAGAUCGUACGAUCCGGAUUCGUUCCGCCAUUAAUCGAUGUUUUAGAUCGCGGAUCCGCCGAAUCGCAAGAACACGCCGCCGGUUCUCUGUUCAGUUUAUCCUUAGACGACGAGAAUAAAAUGGCGAUUGGAAUUCUCGGCGGCUUACCGGUGUUGAUGAACGCGCUCCGAUCUGAGAACGAGAGGACGAGGAACGAUUCAGCGCUUUGUUUAUACCAUUUGACAUUGAAUCCAAGCAACCGAGUAAAAUUAGUGAAAAUCGGCGCCGUUGGAAUUCUGCUAUCGUUGACGAGAAUUGAAGGCUUUGCGAGUCGAAUAUUGCUGAUUCUGUGCAAUAUCUCCGCCUGUGUCGACGGAAGAUCGGCGAUGUUGGAUGCGAAUGCGGUGGAUUGUUUGGUCGGGAUGUUGAAGGAGAAGGAGAUGGAUUCCGAGUCGACUCGGGAGAAUUGUGUGGUGGCGCUUCACGCGCUGAGUCAAGGCGGAUUCCGAUUCAAAGGAUUGGCGACGGCGGCGGGCGCGGUGGAAGCUUUGAGAGAGGUUGAAGAAAGGGGAAGUGGAAGGGCGAGGGAGAGGGCUAAGAGAAUCUUGCAGAUGAUGAGAACUGGCGGGAAUGGUUCGGUUGAGAUGGAUCGGGUUGAUUCUGGUGGAGUCAGCUGGACCGGCCGGGUUGGUGUUGGCUUGAACCGGUACUCUACAAAUACCACUAAGUUUUGAUUUUCUUUGUUUAUAGGAUGUAAUUGUUAUAUAGUUAUUUAUUUAUGUCAAAAACAUGGUGAAACUCGGGAGUCCA